AUGAUAUACGCAAUUUUUAUUUUCAACAAUAAAGGAAAUCCUAGAUUGACAAAGUUUUAUACGCCAAUUGAAGAAUCAGAUCAACAAAGGUUACUUGGCGAAAUUUAUUAUUCAGUGUCUAACCGUACGGCUGCAUCGUGUAAUUUCUUGGAAAGCAGCUUGAUUGCUGGAAAAAACAGAAUUAUAUAUCGUCAGUACGCUACAUUGUAUUUUGUGUUUGUGGUUGAUGAAGGAGAAAGUGAGCUUGGGAUUUUAGAUCUCAUUCAGGUCUUUGUGGAAGCUUUAGAUCGCUGCUUUAAUAAUGUUUGUGAGUUGGAUCUGGUCUUCAAGUUUCAAGAAAUUCAUGCAAUUCUUGCCGAAAUCGUCUCCGGUGGAUUGGUUUUAGAAACCAAUUUGAAUGAAAUAGUUGCAGCUUCGAAAAGUCAGAUGCCGAAAUCAAAGCGAUCGGGGGGAUUGAAUAUUGGUACCACACUUAGUUCAUUUGCUACGAGAUUUUAA